AGCUUAAUGGAUUUUUAAUUGUAUUUCAAAGGAUAGCUCUGCUAAUGUGUUCAGUUUUAAUUGUACCUCUAAGCCGAAAGCAUUGGUAAAGUUGUGAAAAUGGUCCUGAAAGAUAUAACAGCUGAAAAUUUGGACGAGCCUGCGGAAGACACUGACCGUCCAAAAUUGGGUGUCCGACACUUACAAAGUAUACUGUUAUUUUUCGGAUUCUGUGUGGCGUUUAUGCAACGCGUCAAUCUCUCAGUGGCCAUUGUGGUAAUGAUGGAUCGGAAUUCCACAAACCCCGAUUUUUCGGAGUAUGCCUGGUCGGAGCAAACAAAGUCACUGCUAUUAAGCAGCUUCUUUUGGGGUUACGUCCUCAUGCAGAUACCAGGCGGUCAGCUGGCACAACGUUUCGGUGGUAAAGUAAUGUUACUCUUCAGUGUCGACAUUUCUGGAUUUCUGGCUUUAUUUACGCCCUUAAGCGCACAACUGGGCGAUUGGCAAUUGACAUGCGCCUUGCGAUUUCUGCAAGGCUUCUGUCAAGCUGCUUUAUAUCCUUCAACGCAUACGAUUUUAGCCCAAUGGGCGCCACCUGCUGAACGUGGUAUACUUGCAACAAUUUGCUUUUCCGGGCCGCAAUUCGGCACGAUCAUUAUAUUGAGCAUUAGUGGCACAUUAGCUGCUUCAAAGUAUGGUUGGCCGAGCAUUUUUUAUAUAACCGGUGGUUGUGGCAUUAUCUGGUCUUUUGUGUGGUGGAUGUGGGGCGCUGAUUCACCGCGUCGUUGCAAAUUAAUUACAACAAAGGAGCGGAAUUACAUCGAAUCAGCAUUAGCAAUGAUUUCUAAGAGUGAGAAUAAUGUCACCACAGCUAAGUUAUCAACACCUUGGUUGAGCAUAUUCACAUCGGUGCCAUUUUGUGCGAUAGUCAUUACGCAGUGUGGCUACAAUUGGGGCUAUUGGACAAUGAUGACACAAAUACCAUCGUAUAUAAAGAGUGUGCUCGACAAGGAUAUCCAAAGUAAUGCCCUGCUCUCCGCCUUACCAUACACCGCUAAUCUGGUACUCGGUCUGUGUUUCUGUGUCCUUGCUCAGGUACUGCUGUCAGCGAAGGUGUUGAGCAUUAAUGCUAGUCGUAAGAUAUUUAACAUGAUCGGAAUGUGGAUACCGAUGGUGGCCAUAAUUGCGCUAGGGUUCGUCGACGCCGAUAGAGCCAAUUUGGCCGUUAUUCUAUUAACUGUAGCUGUGGGCACCAAUUCAGCACCAUAUUUGGGUGUAUUUGUGAAUCACAUUGACUUGUCACCGAAUUUCGCCGGCACACUGAUGGGCAUUACAAAUGGCUCUGGUACUUUGAUGAGCAUUAUUGCACCGUUAGUUGUUGGAGUCAUUGUAACAGAUACGACAAACCCCAAUCAGUGGCGUUUAAUAUUUUACAUUAUGGCACUGUUCUAUUUUAUUGGUAAUUUAGUGUUUAUAACUUUGGGCAGCACUAAAUUGCAGCCGUGGAACGAGCCGGUGAAACGAGACGCCAACUGUGAGCAGACAAUUGCUUAGCGAAGCGUGGAAUGACGAAAGCAAGUGCAUUGUAUUUAGCAAACAACUGGAGAUAGAGUUUAAUGCUAAUUCGGAAUGUCAUGAGAAAAGUAUUAGAUAUGAUAAUAAUUAGUUUUUUUGUUUAAGUUUUUUUUUGUUGUUUUUGUUUUACUUUGGU